AAAUGCGGAGUUAAGGGGGGCUUGAAAAAAUAGUGGCAAGCCCAGAAAAGGCACGGCACGUCCAGUUCUCCAAGUUUUUGUAAAAGAAGAGCGGGAAAGCGCCACCACCCCGACUCUUAAGCAGAGGAAUAGGCGAGUCUCCCGGCCCCACCCCCGCAGCGGUGAUGCAAAGAGGACAAAUCACCGACGUAGACCGAAGGGAAAAAAAAAGAAGAAAGAAACCCCCGGGAGUGGGGAGGGGAGAGGGAAGACAACUGGCGCGGAGCAGUCUCCAAUCACUGGCACGAGAGGGAGCGCCUUUUGGGGAAACAAACCCUGCAUAAAUAAUUGAGUUUGGAGCCCAGUGCUUUCAGAGGCUCGAAGUGCACCUCCUCAGUGCCUUCCGAGUUGAGGAAAAACGGCAGAGGAAGGGGCUGGCGACGACGGGACCGAGAGCAGCUCAGCGGGCGGUGGGACGCUGUGCCCGCAGACGUUCGCAAGAGGGACAGCAGAGCCCAGCGAGCCCCGAGGGCAAGGAGCCCUCUCCAGCGGAGGCUGAAAGACAGCUGGCUCUGCGGAGGCCGAGGAGGCGCCGCAUGGGCAGCAUGCGUGUCUCCGGAGGUCCCGCCGCGGUGUCCGCGGACAACUCCAGCGAGUGGUGGCCUCUGUCCGCGGGUGGUGUCAACCGUAGCGGAGAAGCGGAGGCGCCCGGGGGAGGCCGCAGCCCUCCGGGGGACGUGCGCGACGAGGAGCUGGCCAAGGCGGAGAUCGCCGUGCUGGCUGUGACUUUCGUGGUGGCGGUGCUGGGUAACAGCAGUGUGUUGGUCGCGCUGCACCGCACGCCCCGCAAGACGUCCCGAAUGCACCUCUUCAUCCGUCACCUCAGUCUAGCCGACCUAGCCGUCGCUUUCUUCCAGGUGCUGCCGCAGAUGUGCUGGGAUAUCACCUACCGCUUCCGCGGACCCGACGUCCUGUGCCGCGUGGUGAAGCAUCUGCAGGUGUUCGGCAUGUUCGUAUCGCCCUACAUGCUGGUGGUCAUGACCGCCGACCGCUACAUCGCUGUGUGCCACCCGCUGAAAACGCUGCAACAGCCAACGCGCCGCUCGCGCCUCAUGAUCGCCGCUGCCUGGGUGCUGAGCUUCGUGCUCAGCACGCCACAGUACUUCGUCUUCUCCAUGGUCGAGGUGGACAACGUCACCAAGGCCAUUGACUGCUGGGCCACCUUCAUCCAGCCCUGGGGUCCCCGCGCCUAUGUGACUUGGAUGACAGGUGGCAUCUUCGUGGCGCCCGUGGUCAUCCUGGGCACCUGCUAUGGCUUCAUCUGCUACCACAUCUGGCGCAAUGUCCGCGGAAAGACGGCUUUGCGCCGGGGAAAGGGCGCGGAGGGCGCCAGUGGCGCCCUCCGUAAGGGGUUCCUGCUCGCGCCCUGUAUCAGCAGCGUGAAAACCAUUUCCCGCGCGAAGAUCCGCACCGUGAAGAUGACUUUUGUGAUCGUGACAGUUUACAUCAUUUGCUGGGCGCCCUUCUUCAUCCUCCAGAUGUGGUCUGUCUGGGAUGACAAACUUGUCUGGGUCGAAUCAGAAAACCCAGCCGUCACCAUCACGGCGUUACUAGCUUCUCUGAAUAGUUGCUGCAAUCCUUGGAUCUACAUGUUUUUCAGUGGCCAUCUCCUGCAAGACUGCAUCCAGAGUUUCCCAUGCUGCCAAAGCAUGAAGCAAACAUUGAAGAAAGAAGAUUCUGACAGUGUGAGCAGAAGACAGACUUCUUACACAAACAACCGAAGCCCAACCAACAGUAUGGUUACAUGGAAGGACUCGCCCAAGUUUUCCAAGUCCGUCAAGUUCAUUCCUGUUUCCACCUGAGCCCACGUUCAUGCAGCCUGACUCUUAUAAUAGACUUUUGGGUCCACUGGUUAAAUCCAGCUAGAAAUCAGGAGAACAAGUGAACUUAUAAGCGAUAAGCGUAAACUGAUUUGUUGAGGACAAGACUGUGUUUCUAGUUGCAUUUUCACAUUGCUAUGAACAAAAGUUAUGAAUUGUUUUAUAGAGGAUGUUCAUUAAAAAGAAAAAAAAAACCCCAUGCUACAUUAAAAUUUGCAGGCCUAAUUCCCAGAAUAAGAAGAGAAGUUAUAUUU